AUGGCUGGCCGUCUGUUUGCAGCGUUUGGACCUUGGAGGAGAUCGGAACCCAUCAGGAGCCACAGAAGCUCCUCCACCACCAUUGAACCAUCGCGCAAUGUUACAGUCACCCGGACUGGCGCCAUUUUGCCCAAGCCUGUUAAAAUGCCCUUUGGCCUCCUCCGUGUAUUUUCUGUUGUAAUACCCUUCCUCUAUGUUGGGACGCAGAUUAGCAAAAGCUUUGCAGCUUUGCUCGAGGAACAUGAUAUCUUUGUGCCAGAGGAUGAUGACGACGAUGAUUAAUAGGUAUGACCACUGAUAAAAACAGAUGUUUCAACUUCAUUUUUCCUAUUCUAUUUGG